CACUCUCUCUCUACAAAGACUUGGCCCUUGGCUUUGGUUUUGGUUUGCUUUGAUUUUCUUUCUUUUCUUUCUCUCUCUACACCACCAGCACCAGCAGCUCCACCACCCUUUCAUAAAAAUGGGCUUUCACUCAAAACUCAAUAAAGUUUAACACAAAAACAAACAAACAAACAAACAAAAGGUGGUAGAUGCAUGAGCCACCACCACAUCAACAACACCAACUUCUUUAAAACACUCAUUCUUUCUUUCUCCCUUCUGUCUUCUCUUCCCUCACCACCUUCCUCCUCCCCAUAACCAAAAGCACACAAAAAAAAAAAACCCAAAUCCUUUUUAACCUUUUUUGGUUUACCAGAUUUCAACCUGUCUUUCUCUCUCUGUUUCUCCUCGGUUUCUACGCUUCCUCAACCACCACCUUUUCUUCCUCUUUCUCAGCAUCAACUCUGUAGUCUUUUUCGCAAUCCAAUCCUUACAUGAGAUUUAGCCCCUGCUUGUCUAUGGAGCAUUAUUGAAAUCAAACGCACGUGAUGAUGAGAAAAUAGUUGGUAUUCAGCCAACCAAGUUCUGUAUAAGUGGCCCAUCUUUGGUAAUAUUAGGAGCACAGACACAGGGAUAAAUGCAAAGGACGAUCAACUAAACCAUUGUUCGCUGAUUAAAGGAUUGCCAACAUGGUGAGCUUACGCAGACGCAAGCUCCUGGGACUCUGCUCUGGGAAGAGUUCUUUUUUGACUCCACUUCCUAGAUUUUUUGACAAUGGACAUGCCCCUGAAAAUUCAAGUCAGAACACAAAAUCUAUUAGUGUGCAUCCCAUGCCCUCAGAUUCCAUCGGCCACAUUCAUGGGAAAAGCAUUGCAAAGGUUGGCUCUGGAUCACCAAAUGUUUCUGGUUCUGGAUCAUCAAAAGAGCAUCAUAAUCAACCUUUUCCGGGGCAACCAAUCAAACGCAGGAAGCGACACAGGAGGAAACAUGUUCAAAACCAAGAACCAUGUCUAAUGAGGGGUGUAUACUUCAAAAAUAUGAAAUGGCAGGCCGCAAUAAAAGUUGACAAGAAACAGAUUCACUUAGGGACUGUUGGUUCACAAGAAGAAGCUGCCCGUUUAUAUGACAGAGCUGCUUUCAUGUGUGGAAGGGAACCCAACUUUGAGCUUUCGGAGGAGGAAAAGCAAGAGCUUAGGAAAUUCAAGUGGGAUGAGUUUUUGGCAUAUACUCGCCGUUCAAUUACCAAUAAAAAAUACAAGCGAAGGCUCGGGGCUGGACCACAGAAGAGGUCUGAACCUGCAAUAGAGAACAGUGACUGGGACAGCAAACAAGGAGUCAAUAGCCUCUCAGCUUCAGAAGAGGCGGGGCCAGACUCUUCAGCCUCAUGAAAAUAAUGGUUUGAGGGCGAGGCUGAAUAAUCGGGUUUCAGUAGUUAAAUUCUAGUUGCUGGGUCUCCAUUUUUGAGUGUAUAAAGGCCCCUAUUAGGGCGAGUAAUGAUAGAUGUCAUUUAUCUUCUGGUAAGCAGAUAUCUAUAGUGUUUUAACCCAAUAAGUGGUAAAUAUUAGUUGCAUCAACCCCACCAUUGUUGUUAGACAGGUGAAAGGCAUGCAAAGCUAUAGUGCCUUAUUUGGUUUUCCUGAACUUGUUUUGAGGUCAUUAUUGCUGUCCCAAAAUGCUCCAACAACUUUGUUUCCAGGAAGCAUUUAUAUAUCCUUCCUAGGAACAGAUACAGUUACGCCACUUGCGCUCUA